AUGGAUGAGCUCUUCGACGUUUUCGAAGGGCAGCCGGGCCCUGCCCAGGACCCGCCGCCCAAGCAGCCCAAGAAAAACAAAAAGAGACAGGCCAACGGCGAUGUCAAGGCCGCCGCCGACGAACCCGCCAACGAUGCCACCAUGAGCGACGCUCCGCCGCCCGCCCAGGACGCUGCUGCUGCUGCUGCUGCUGCUGCCGGCGGCGCCGAUGCGAAAACCAUUGCGAAACGCCUUCGCCGCGAUGAGCCCGAUCCCGUCGUCACCGAUAGCUUCGAGACGGAGCAGUCACGCGAGGUCGCCGCCGCCGCCGGUCUGCAGGCCCAGAAGGAUGGCGCCGCCGUUGUGCUGUCUCACCAGGUCAGGCACCAGGUCGCGCUGCCCCCGGAUUACGACUACAUUCCUAUCUCCGAGCACGUCGCCCCCGAGAAGCCCGCGCGCGAGUAUCCUUUCAAGCUGGAUCCUUUCCAGCAGGUCUCGGUCUACUCCAUCCAGCGCAAUGAGAGUGUGCUCGUGUCGGCCCACACGUCCGCUGGCAAAACCGUCGUCGCCGAGUAUGCCAUUGCGCACUGUCUCAAGAACAACCAGAGGGUCAUUUACACGAGUCCGAUCAAGGCCCUCAGCAACCAAAAGUAUCGCGAGUUCAUGGCAGACUUUGGCGACGUCGGUCUCAUGACUGGAGAUGUCACCAUCAAUCCUACUGCGACCUGUCUGGUCAUGACUACCGAGAUUCUGCGCUCUAUGCUGUACAGAGGUUCCGAGAUUAUGCGCGAAGUUGCCUGGGUCAUCUUUGACGAGGUCCAUUACAUGCGCGACAAAUCUCGUGGUGUCGUCUGGGAGGAAACCAUCAUUCUUCUCCCCGACAAGGUCCGCUAUGUCUUUCUCUCCGCCACCAUUCCUAACGCCAUGCAAUUUGCCGAGUGGAUUGUCAAGACCCAUAAUCAGCCGUGUCACGUCGUCUACACCGACUUCCGACCCACUCCUCUCCAACACUAUUUCUUCCCUGCUGGCGCCGAUGGCAUACACUUGGUUGUGGAUGAGAAGGGUGUCUUCAGAGAGGAAAACUUCCAGAAGGCUAUGCAAACCAUCUCGGACAAGGCUGGAGACGACCCGGCCGACGCCAUGGCAAAGCGCAAGGGUAGAGGCAAGGACAAAAAGCUCAACAAGGGCGGCCAAAAGGGACCCUCGGACAUCUACAAGAUCGUCAAGAUGAUCAUGAUGAAGAACUACAACCCCGUCAUCGUAUUCAGCUUCAGCAAGAGGGAGUGCGAGAACCUCGCCCUCCAGAUGAGCACGCUUUCCUUCAACGAGGAGUCCGAGAAGCUGCUGGUUACAAAGGUGUUCAGCAGCGCCAUUGAAUCCCUCAGCGAGCAGGACAGGGAGCUUCCGCAGAUCCAGCACUUGCUGCCGCUUUUGAAGCGCGGCAUUGGUGUACAUCACUCCGGUCUCCUGCCCAUUCUCAAGGAGACCAUCGAAAUCCUCUUCCAGGAAGGUCUGAUCAAGGUCCUCUUCGCGACCGAGACUUUCUCCAUCGGUCUGAACAUGCCCGCCAAGACUGUCGUUUUCACGAGCGUCCGCAAGUUCGACGGUGUGUCCCAACGUUGGGUGACGCCGUCCGAGUUCAUUCAGAUGUCUGGUCGUGCCGGAAGACGUGGUCUUGAUGACCGUGGUAUUGUCAUCAUGAUGAUCGACGAGAAGAUGGAGCCCACUGUUGCAAAGGAGAUUGUGCGCGGUGAGCAAGACAAGCUCAACUCCGCCUUCUACCUGAGCUACAACAUGAUUCUGAACCUUAUGCGUGUUGAGGGCAUUUCUCCCGAAUUCAUGCUCGAACGUUGCUUCUUCCAAUUCCAGAACACUGCAAGCGUUUCUGGUCUCGAGAAGCACCUGAGCGAGCUGGAACAGACGAAGGCGCUCAUAGCAAUCGCCGAUGAGAGCAGUAUCCGCGACUACUACGACCUGAGACAACAGCUCAACCAGUACACCCGGGACAUGCGGGACGUCAUCACCCAUCCGAACUACUGUUUGCAGUACAUGCAGUCGGGUCGUCUUGUGCGCAUCAAACACAAGGACUUCGACUUCGGUUGGGGUGCAGUCGUAAACUUCACGCCCCGCAAGCCUGCCAAGGGCCAGAAAGCUGCCGACAUCUCCCCUCAGCAGUCGUACGUCAUCGACGUGCUGAUCCAGGUUGCAAACGAUGUGACUUUCGCCCCGCAACUCAGCCAGGAGUUGCCUCAGGGUGUGAGGCCGCCUGGACCUGGCGAGAAGGGCAAGAUGGAAGUCGUGCCGGUGUUGCUAUCGUGCAUCGAAUCAAUUGGACAUCUGCGCAUCUUCCUGCCGCCCGACCUCAAGUCUGCAGACCAGAGGACCUCGGUCCGCAAGGCUCUUGAGGAGGUCAAGAGGAGGUUCCCCGACGGCAUUGCCAUUCUUGACCCCAUUGAGAACAUGGGCAUCACGGAUGACGGCUUCAAGAAGCUGUUGCGCAAGAUUGAGGUUCUCGAGUCUCGGUUAUUGUCCAAUCCGCUGCACAACUCACCCAGAUUACCGGAUCUGUACGACCAGUAUGCAGGCAAGGUUGAGCUUGGCAACAAGAUCAAGGAGGUCAAGAAGCAGAUCAACAACGCCCUCUCCGUCAUACAGCUGGACGAGCUGAAGUGCCGCAAGCGUGUGCUCAGGCGCCUGGGUUUCAUCAACGAGGCAGACGUUGUCCAGCUCAAGGCCAGAGUGGCGUGUGAGAUCAGCACCGGCGACGAGCUUGUGCUGAGCGAACUGCUUUUCAACGGCUUCUUCAACGAGCUCACUCCCGAGCAGUGCGCUUCUGCUCUGAGCUGCUUCAUCUUCGAAGAGAAGAGCAACGAGACGCCGACGCUGAGAGGAGAGCUGGCGAAGCCUUUCCGUGACAUCCAGGCUCAGGCACGCAUUAUCGCGAAGGUUUCUCAGGAGAGCAAGCUGGCGGUCAACGAGGACGAGUAUGUCGAUGGCUUCAAAUAUCAGCUCAUGGAGGUCGUCUUCGCAUGGUCCAAGGGCGCAACCUUUGCAGAGAUCUGCAAAAUGACGGACGUCUACGAGGGCAGCCUGAUCCGGCUCUUCCGCCGUCUCGAGGAGCUGCUGCGGCAGAUUGCACAGGGCGCCAAGGUCAUGGGCAACAACGAUCUCGAGCAGAAGUUCGAGAAGGCGCUCGAGGCGAUCAGGAGAGAUCUGGUGGCUGCACAGUCCUUGUACUUGUAA